UUGGUGCCGAGAUGGGGCAAGAGUAGGCGUUAGCGCCCUCUCCCUCCCGGCUUCGCCCACGCGCCAUGCUGAUCACGCUUUGCUACUUGUAUCUUUGGGCGCGUUGGGGGACCUACUCGGUGGGGCUGAUCCGUCGCACAGUGCGCAGACUACAUCGAACUCGCUGCUCUUUCACUUUCUCCUGCUCCGGGUGCCCUCGCCAAACACUGCACCAGCCCCAUCGUCUUCCCCCUGGCGGGAAGGAGGCUCCCCGCCUUCCCGGGGAGAGAAUCUGCCUCAGGGCGGGGAACAAGGUUUUCUUCACUGACGAAACCCAGUCCCUUGAUGAUUUAAACCAAUGGACAUUGCUCAUUGUAUCGCCUCCCAUUUAUCCUGACAAAAUAUUUGAAUCUGAACAUAUAGCAUUUCUGACUGAAAGUAUUUCCACUCAAGCAGGCAGUUCACAGGCUAUAACAAGCUCAGCAGAAAAGCUCGUGAAGUGGUCAGAUUACUGUUCACCAUUGGCAUUUAAACCCGGAGAACCUUACGUAUUAUUUGCUGAAGCCAGUAUAGACAACUUCAGUAGCCUUGGGAUAGCAUUUAUGGAAGAUAGACUACAAAUGGAUAAUGGAAUGGUACCUCACAAAAUUAUGUCUGUACACCUACAGAAGUCGGAGGUGGAGGAACUGACACAACUGGUACCAAGUACAGAAAAGGAGGCAAAGGCCAGUAAUGUACAACUUGUUGUGCCAACUCAUGAGUCAACAUUUGAGAUAGCUCCUAACCCAGAAGAGGAAACUAUUGACUGUUCAGGAAGUGGUGAUCAAGAAGUUCAGGGAAAGAAAGGCAAGUUGAAGAAAGUAGAUGAGCAUCAUGAACAACAUGAGCAUCUGUCUGAAAAGGAAAUGAGUAGUGGUGAACAUCAUCAUUUGCAUCUUUCCAGCUGCCACGAGUGUUUGGAACUUGAGAACAGCACUAUUGAGUCAGUUAAGUUUGCCUCUGCAGAAAACAUCCCAGAUCUUCCUGAUGAUUACAGUGGCAGUUUUGAAGAUGUUGGAAAUCUGGCAGGAGACCUGAAAAGAGUAAAGCUUACUGGGAAACCUCCUAAUAUCUUAAUUUAUGUUGAUUCUGAUUCUGGUAAAGUCAAAUUUGAAGAAAUAAAAUCAAUCAUCAUGGAAUGUGUUGAUGUUAAUGCUUACACUGUAUACCAGCUGUUAGAGGAGCAAGUGUUGAGCGUUCCCUGGGCUGACAAUGCAUUGCUUUUGGUCAUUGCUACAUCACAGCCCAUUUCAGAUUCUGUGUCCAAACAAUUUCUGGCAUUCAUGUCAAAAGGUGGAAAGAUUCUGGGACUUUCAGCCUCUUUUACUUUUGGUGGUAUACAAAUAAAAAACAAAGAUGAACUGACUGACACAGUACAGGCCUUGGUGUUUUCUAAAGAUAAGGACAAUGAGAUUAAGCUAAAUGUUCUAGCCAGUGGAAGAAUUUUCAAGAGAGAAACUGCAGAAAUCAUCUCUGUGAAGCUCCUUGGUUACUUUGACAACACGGACAAAGAUAUAAUGGUAGUUCAGAUGCCAUAUGGAAAUAGUGGGGGAGAAGCCAUUCUUUGCCAGGUGCAUUUAGAAGUGGAUGUCAAAAAGUUGCCUAAAAGAUCUCAAGAUGACUUCAAUUUUCUCAAAAUGAGUAAUGUCACCAGAUAUGAAGUUCUUACUGAAAUACUAAAACUACUUGAUUUGAGCUGUGGAUUAAGUGAAGUUCCCUCAUUAACUCCUCUUUACCUGCUCUCUUUUGACAUGGAAGUUCACAAUUCUUUUUUGGAAUGGCUUGGAAGAAAUGUGAAUGCAGAAGGAGUAAUCGACUCUAACAAAGUGUCCCUUAAGUUUGUAUCAUCUUGCAAUGAGGAAUUAAAAGUAACACCCUCACUCAUUCCUGUAGUCACAGAAAUGGAAGCUUUCUCUUCUGAACAUUUCAGCCUGGAGAUAUAUAAACAAAAUCUACAGGCACGGAAUCUUGGGAAAGUGGUCCUGUUUACUGAGGUUACGUCAACCACUAUGAAUCUUCUUGAUGGGUUGAUGUUCAAGGUGCCCCAGGAAACAGGUCUGAUAGCAGUUGCAGUUCAGCAAACUCAAGGGAAAGGUCGUGGUGGAAAUACGUGGCUGAGUCCUGUGGGAGCUGCCUUAUCAACUCUACAUAUCACCAUUCCAUUAUCUUCUGAACUGGGACGAAGGAUUCCUUUUAUUCAGCAUCUAGUUUCUCUAGCAGUUGUGGAGUCUGUUAGAUCAAUACCUGGAUACCAGGAUAUUGAUCUGCGGGUAAAGUGGCCGAAUGAUAUCUACUACAGUGAUCUUAUGAAGCUUGGUGGAGUUUUAAUAAAUUCCACACUAACAGGAACUACAUUCCACAUACUUAUUGGCUGUGGAUUUAAUGUGAAUAACAGCAAUCCUACUAUUUGCAUCAAUGAUCUCAUUAUGGAGCACAAUAAAACAAAGAAUACACAAUUAAAGCCCUUAAGUGCCGACUGCCUGAUUGCAAGAAGCGUAACAGUGCUGGAAAGGCUGAUCAACACCUUUCAAGAGAAGGGACCUAAUGGGGUUCUUCCCCUGUAUUAUAAAUACUGGAUACACAGCGGUAAGCAAGUCCAUUUGAAAAAUGAUGCUGGACCAUUAGCCUGGAUCGUUGGAAUAGAUGAUUCUGGAUUCCUUCAGGUUCAGGAGGAAGGCAAAGAUGUGCUGACUGUGCACCCAGAUGGCAAUUCUUUUGAUAUGUUGAGAAAUCUUAUAAUUCCAAAACACCAGUAACUUUUGGAGUUGGCAGCAGCAGGUCUCUAAGAAAACUGUUUUAUGCUUCCUAGAUUAGGGCUUGAACUAGGCUGGAGGUAGUAUAUCAAACUAAAAUUAGCUAAAGCUGAAGAAAAGAAACGUGUACCAAGCAAAAAUUGAAUUUUUGCAUAAUUUAAUUCUUCUGGAUUUCUGUUGGCUUGGGUGAGGGGAGGUUCAUUAUAUUUUUUUCUCCCAACAUUCAUGGGAAAGAAGAGGAACCUUAUGGUCAGCAUGAAAACCCUGGCUUCUAAUUUUUGGAAUGGGUCGCUUAACUGAACUUUGUAACAGGAAAUUUUGUUACAUUGUUACUGCAUACUUUUACACUUGCACUUACCAUUAAAACUAAUCUAUUACUUUUG